GGUUUAUGAUGAUCUUCCUCUCUAUGACAUUCUAAAUGAAUUCCAGAAAGGCCAUAGCCACAUGGCUGUGGUUAUUAAACACAUAAACAAUGAGGCAAUCACGGAAAGAAGUAAGAGUAAUGCAUCUGAGAACAGAAAAGAUUAUAGUAAGAGACAUGUGCAGGAUGGAACUCCAGCUGCCAUCUCUGAUCACGUGACUAUCCAUAUAAAUGGUUCCCCUGUGAAUAAUGGCAUUGCUGAAUCUCAUACCCUUGCACUGAAAAGUAGCUUGGAGAAGCCGGGGGAUACACGCUCGCUAUCCAAGAGAUCUGAUCGACGUUCUAAUAAUAUUCUUGACAUUAAGGCGGAGUCUCUACCCAGCUAUCGGUUUGAUGAGGAAGUCGUGGGCAUCAUAACAAUGGAAGACCUGAUGGAAGAAUUACUGCAGGAGGAAAUAUUGGAUGAAACUGAUGAAUACGUUGACGUCCAUAACAAGAUUAAGAUAAAUAUGUUGCCUCCAAAAGGAUCUUCCCCAAGGUCAUUAGGACCUCAAUCUCUUUCUCAAUUCCUUCGACGGAGCCCAAUAGCAUCUCCGCACUCUUGCUAUCAUAGUUCGUCUCUAUUACAUUCACCUGUUUCCCCUAUUUCUCAAGCUUCUGGAUCAACAGCAGCCGUUGUAAGGGCAGAGCAAAGCGUUCCAGCUGAGACUGAAGGCAUCAGGAUCAGUUCUUCUAAUACAUAUCAAGUCCUAAAAAAACAAUAAGUAUGGCUUCUUGGAGAAAUGGACCAAUUGAUUUUUAUUACUAUCCAUGGGGUAAUCUCAUCAUUAUAACCACACUUUACUCAUUAUAAGAUGAUUGUAUAAUUUUUUUUUCUUUUUGGUCUUUUGUCUUUUAAUGGAGAAAAGGCUUUGUUGCUGGUGUUGUUUUGCUUUUUAAACAAAACUAAAUUUAGUGUAGCAUUGUAAGUUAUGUAAGCUGUAGCACCAUUUUGGUUGGUACUUCUGAUCUUUAAGAGUAUAAUUUUUUAGUAAUAGGCGUCAAGAUUCAUUGGUGCCUUUUGUAUGUAGAUCAGAGUAGAAAGAUAAUUAUUUUGUUCAUGGCUA